AUGUGGUGGAACAACACAGACGACUUCAUCAUUUGGGCUACCCCGUGCCAGCACCCACAUUCUGGAGGCAGUCUCAAUGACUCUCGAGUAGAGUGCUUGCAUUUGGAGGUGAAGAAUGCCAAACCAUUCAGCUACCACGGCCGAAACGUGCAAGCCAUUGAAACCGAGAUUAUCCUUCCGAAGACUACUGUUGUCAAGGAGUGCCGCUUCAGCUGGGUGCAGAUCCGUGUAGAUCUCCCGGAGAUCGACGGAACUUUGAGAGCCCUGCAUCUCUCGUGUGGUUUGCCAGGGAUCUUUGCACUGGUCUUCUUUGGCUGGCUCUUGCUUCCGCAUGGUACCGAGUUCUCGUCAGAAAACCACUGGCACACCACCCAGAAUGUGACAAAGGUGGCUCAGCCCAUCUUGGUGGCGUUGGCCUUCUGCGUGGCAAGCCUCUCGCGCUGCCUGCGCCGCCGGCGCCGGCUUUGGCGUCUGAGCAGCUUGGGCCGGAGGAAGGUGCCAGUGAAUGUGGCCUAUGGUGAGGGCGAGCCAUGCUGUAUUUGUUUCGGCACCGAGGACGAGGUACAGCUCGCCGUCUCCGUGCUAGGAGGAGUUCCUGGAGCAACUGCCUACCACUCCUCUGUGAUUGUCAACGGCCAUGAAUAUUUCUUCAGCGAUGGUGGCAUCGCAUCGACCUCUGACCUCUCCUCACACAAAAAUCCGCAGAUGCCGGACUCAAAACCUGAGGUCAUCGACAUGGGAAUGUCUCCGUACACGGGGUCUCAAAUGCGGGAGGCUUUGGAGCGCUACUUCAUCUCGGGAACGUACGAUUUGUUGCGCAAGAAUUGCAACUCCUUCUCUGACUGUGCGCUCUUCUACCUCCUACACAAGCGCUUGGACAAGAAGUACCGAGCAAUGGAGAAACUUGGUGCAUCCCCCUAG